GCCGGGAGGCCUAUGGGGGCGCGGCGCCGCCGCCGGAGCGCCGGCAGCCCCUCCCCGCCGCUGCCUGCGAGAGUGGGAAUAAAGACAGAUAGCGGGGCAGGCAGCGGCCGGGCGGGCGGGACGGAGAGCGCACAAAGUUUCCUGCGGAGCCCGCGGGCGGCGGCAGCGAUGCCUGUGCUGCGCGGAGCGCUGGCGCUGCGCGGGCGCCGCCGGCCUUAGGGCAGCCAGAGCGGCGCGGAGCGGAGCGAGCCCCCGGCCCGUGCUCUCCUCCGGCGGCCGGGAGGAAGCGCCCCGGGCGGGGACGGGAGAGCGGCACUGCCGGAGCGCGGGGAGGGGCAGCGGCGCCGCGGGGCCAGCCGCGCCGGCGGAGCCGGGGGGAAAGAUGAGCUUGUUGUCAACUAUCGACACCAGCGCCGCGUCCGUGUACCAGCCCGCCCAGCUCCUCAAUUGGGUCUAUCUCUCGCUGCAAGACACGCACCAGGCCAGCGCCUUCGAUGCCUUCAGGCCCGAGCCCUCCUCGUCCCAGCACCCCGACCUCGGCUACACCAAGAGCACCCCGGAGCUGGGCUCCUCCCUCAGCUCUAGCUAUCUCAACAGCUUCUUCCAGCUCCAGCGGAGCGAGGCUCUGAGCAGCAGUCUCUACAAGAGUGCAUCCCCUUAUGGCUCGCUUAAUAACAUUGUGGAUGGGUUAAGCUCCCUCACCGAGCAUUUCUCUGACCUAUCCCUUUCUUCAGAAGCCAGAAAGCCCAGCAAGAGGCCACCUCCUAACUACCUGUGCCACCUCUGCUUUAACAAGGGACACUACAUCAAAGACUGCCCCCAGGCUCGUCCAAAAGGAGAAGGCCUGACACCAUACCAGGGCAAGAAACGCUGCUUUGGUGAAUACAAGUGCCCCAAAUGCAAGAGAAAAUGGAUGAGUGGAAACUCCUGGGCUAACAUGGGACAAGAAUGUAUCAAGUGCCACAUUAAUGUUUAUCCUCACAAGCAGAGACCCCUGGAAAAGCCCGACGGCCUGGAUGUGUCAGACCAGAGCAAAGAGCAUCCUCAGCACCUGUGUGAGAAGUGCAAAGUGUUGGGCUACUACUGCCGCCGUGUGCAAUAAACCUUCCAAGAGGCUCUUCACACCCCAUCAUCCUUCCAGAUUCUCUGGCAGCACGCCAUCAACAGCAGCACAACAAAAGCUAAAAUACUUGCCAAUAUUGCCUAUCUAAUAAUAUGCCUUACCAUUAAUAGAAUGUAACAUUUCUCCUGUGCAUGUGCAUGCAUGCAGUAGGUAUUUACAGGACUAUGAUUUGUAUACAUAUGUAUGUAAAUUUAUAUAUGUACACACAUAAAGUGUUACUGAUGGUGUUCACAACAGAACUACAGUUACAGGUUCUGCUGAUUGUUUACACAGACCCUCUAUCACAGCCAGGUGAAAUGAAGUACUUUUCAAAAGGCAAGGAAUAAUAUUCACAAGGAAUAUUUGUUACAUGUAUGGCUUUUGCAGAGGUUCAGGAACUGUGGGGCCAUUAAUUGCAAGCACUCACCCAUGACACCAACACUGUUCUUAUUAUAUGACAAGACAAAGGAAGAUGAAACAAGCCACAGCAUAAGAGGAGAAUUACUGCUUUCCCAGUUUUAGAAAGUCUUAAGAGUUUUGUGCUGCUGAUUUCUUGGACUUUUUUUUUUUUUUUUUUUUGUUACCAUCUCUUGGGCAGGGCUUAGGCAAAAUAAUUUUUGCAGGACAUGGAAAAUAAAGUGAAUAAUUGUUUGAGGGUGUGGGUUGGGUAGAAAGGGAAUGCCAUAAGAUUCCAAGAGGUUUUUGAAGGAGACAAAAUUGGUUUACUUAUGCAACUACCAGAUCCUUCUCUUGUCAUAUAAUUCCACUGACAUGGUCCCUUCUAUGUGCAUGGCACAUUCACUAGGCCACAAGCACAAUAAAUUUACCAUUAAUAAGGGGAUAAGAAUAUUUAAAACUGACCCCAAAACCCUUAACUGAAAGAUUAGCCAAACUCACUAUUUAUAGUAGUUUUAAAGCCACUUUCUGGAAAUAUUUUUAUGUCCUGUUUUCUACUAUAGAAAUUUCUUAUAGUAUGAAACUUGUUAGCCAUAGGGGUGUUUUGAGGCAUGGAGAACACUCUAUAUAACUCUGUUUCUUUAUGCCUUCCUGAAGCACCUACAUACCUGGGGAGAAAUUUAGGAAUUACAUUUCAUUGUCCCAUUUCAGGUAGAACUUUGCACAGGGUCAGCCUGCUGCAAAGAACAUCUCAUCAGGGAUUGGCAAAGACAAACUGAAAGUACCUCGAGACAAUAUCCUCUUUGUAUGUCUACAUGAGAGUACAUUGGCAAAAGGGCACAACAAGCAAUUCAUUUGUAGCAUUCACUAAAAAAAAUAGAGGGAUAAUGUUUGAAGUUGGGGGGGAUUUUUAGAUCAGCAAUUUAUAUUUUUAUGAAGUUUCCUUUAGGGAGAUUGAUUUGUGUGAAUGAUACUUAGGGAAAAUAUUUUAAAUCCUAAAUAACUUGAUGUGAACUAAAUUUGUUCUGAGGACUAGUUCCAUAAUGCAAAGACAGCAGGGGAUUUAUGCCAAGUGAUAGCAGGAUGUUACCAGUAUGUCAAGACAAGCUCUUAUAAAGAAAGUAGAAAAUUUUUAUGAGCAUUCAGCUAAGGAACAUGAAGCUCCUGACAAAUUUGCUCCAGGGUGAAACUCCUGCCAUUUCCCUGCUUUGCUAUAAGCAGGGCAAAAUUGCAUCUGCUUGUUUAGUGGGAGCAGCAUGUACAUAUCUUGCAAACUCCAUUAUUUUCUGGGCAGCCCAAGCAACCCAGCCUGAUGGUCACAGCAAUGGAUGAGCAUCCUGACUGCUGCCUUCUGACCACAGCUCUUCCACAGCUCCCUGAUUUUGGGCAAGUCACAAGAUCCUUCUGGACCUCAGUUUCCCCAGCUGCAAAAUGGGGGUAAUAAUACUUUAGUGUACCUACCUCACAGGAGAGUUGUGAGGUUUACUUAAUAUCUCUGAAGUGUUUGGCAUCACUGGAUGAACAGUGCUAUGUAAUGCUAAAAUAGAAUUAACUAAAUUAAUCACUUGGAAACUACUUUUGCCCAGUUGGCAACUCCAACUAAAAUAGCUGGAAAUAAUAUUAUUGAAAGUAACACUAAUAAACAGUUCAGUUGCCUCAGUGAAGAUAUGCAGUUUUAGCAUUUUCAAAUGCAAACACAUUCUUUUGCACAGAUUCACAAAUUAACUUAGAGACAAAUUCUCUCAACAAAGAUACUAAUCUGUCUAUACAAAUAAGAAAAUACACAAGCAAAUCUAGGGGUGGAUUUUCUAAGCUUGACCUCUAGGAUUAAUCUCAAUAGUUUGUUUCAAGCAUGAGUAAUUUUGAAAGAGCAGCAUUUUAAGCCAGAUCUAUUUUUUCCUCUUGAGCACUUAAUAGUACAUGAACAAAAAAAGAAAUUACCUAGAUGGUUCACAUCUAGCUAAAGAACAUAUAGAUGAGAUAAGAUGAAGAAAGGGAAAAUGUUAUUUUAUUGAACAUUUUGUUCAGUAUUGAAAUAAUCUCCAUGUUAUGAUAACCACUAAAUCCAGUAAAGUAGCACAACUCUUGAUAUAGCUGUAUCACUACAUCACACAUCACCAGGUUCUGACAAAAAGCUGAUUAAAAAUACCAUUAUAAGCAUUGGUAUUUUCAUGACAGUGCCCUAUUAGGAAUUGUUUAUCCAGAUUCAACACUGCAAGGCAAUGCCUUUUGCUUAUGGACUUCUAGAUUGUACUAAAAACACACAUGAUCUACUUUAACACAAUUAAUGUCUAUAGGUGUAGCAUAAUAACUCUUAAGAGCAUACUUAUGAGAGUUCAGUAUUUAUAUUAUUGUUGUGUUCCUAGGCAGAAGAAUAUGAAGUAUUUAAGUAAUGCUUAGCAUAUUUGCAAUGGGGAGGAGAGCAGAUUUCCCCCUGCCCUUGCUCAAGCCUGUGCAGUUGGAGUUGCUGGAAAAACACAUCCACAUGAGUAAUUGUGUGUGACAGCUUAUGGCUUUUAGUUAGUGGCACAGAAGGGACAUUUCUAAACUUCCAUUUCAAAAGAAAAAAAAGAAAGGUUGGUUACAAAAUAUAGAUUUCUUCUAUUCCCUCCCUCCCCAUGCAAAGGAAAUUCACCUAUAUAUGCAGUCAGCUCUUUCCAAAUUUAAAAAAAUAAAAGAUAAACGUGCAGAUUUUUGACUGGAAAAAUGAGGAAUUGGUUUAUCUUUAAAAUUCUCAUGAGUGCUUACUGAUGUCCUCUAACUAGCUCUGCAUUUAGAGCAUCAGCUAGCAGUCAUUGAAGGUAUUAGUAGACAGUAUUAGAGGUGAAACAAGCAUCAAUAAAAAGAGUUUUAAAUCAAUACAGGCCUUCCUAAAAAACUGAGUAUUUGUUAAGGGUGUACCUGAGAGCAGUUUGGCUCUGUGCAUUUAUUUGUCAAAUUGGAUUUUCAAUCUCAGAUGCUUGCUGUUGACAGCCCACCAAUGUAUCCAGCAUACUCUAUUUUUUUAAAAUGUUCACCCUUUUAAAAAGAGAUUUUUAAAAGUUUCAUUUAUUUCUUUAAGAACAACAACAAAAAACAACUGAAAAAUAAACACCCCACAAUUUGUUUCAUGAGUUGGUCAUAACAUUUCAUAUCAAAUUUGGCAUUGGCACUCCUCUGGAAAAAUGUUUGAGUAAUUUAAAAGGUGUGUUAUAGGUUUUUAGCUGCUUUAACUUAAUGAGGCUAUAAUGAAGUUGUUACAAAUACUUCAUUUAAAGGUGAUGAAGAAAAAUCCUAGUAGUUUAAAGGAUGGCCCCAUUUUAGCCAGUUUCUACUGCUGCUACCACAGAUGUAAAAUGAUGCCACACAAGCAAAGUUUGAGGCCUUUUUGUCUCAAAGUUGCUAUUUAAUUUCAGAUAAAUACACAAGAGUAUAUAUAUUUUUUUCUGAAAAUAGGUGUAUUUUGAAGUUCCCCAUUAUAUGGGACUUAGUUUUUAAACUAAAAAUGUGAAGUUACAUAAGUCUGAGAGAAGCCUUAUACCUAAAAGUAUUACCUACAUUUUUACCUUUUUGUAUAACAUGAAAUUUAGAUUAUACAGGGAUUGUAUACCUGUGACACUCCAGCAUUUUUUAAAAAAAGAAACCUACUUAAAAUAUUAAAAGUUUAGAGCUUUUGGAAAUAUCAGACUUCAUAGAUUAGUGCUCUUUGUCCUGCAGUCACAUAGAUUUUUUUUCCUAUUCUGGAUCCUAAGAUUUGUCCACUGAACAGUAAGCAAUAAAUCAUCAACACGUGUUUUUCAAGUUAAGUAGAUAGACAUUUAUUUUCCACUUGCCUUUGCCAACAUAUUUUAAAAUGUGAUGGAACUAUCCCCAUAGAAAAAUCAUUCUUUCAGAUAUUGCUCCACUCCCAGCUGAGCUUCAACCCAUAUCUCUUUCUUAUCUGCAGAACCAGUGCUGUCCAUUGAGUUUGCUGCAUCACUCAAGUGCUCAGAGGGCUGUUUGAGAUCUUAGAUAUAGGGAUGAUGGAUUGUGUUUCUAGGAUGAAUUUCAAAGGGACAAUCGUGUGCAGUUACUAGCUAUAGAUGAUUGAUAUAAAUGUUUACCCCUGUAUGAAGUAUUUUACAGUUUUACUUGCAGAUGUGUAUUUAUCUUGAGUUAUACUUGACAUAGAGUUUCUUUCAAUUUUUUUUUUUUUAAUACUAUGUGUGUAUUUUGGAAACCUUUUUAGAUGUUAAAAUUUUUGAAUGGUUACAAAUAUUUCUUAUAAUACUGAAUUGUUAUCUGGAAACUCUUUGCAGUAACUUUUUUGUAUAUAUUUGAGGGCCUUUUUAAAAAAGUAUUGUUUGUUUUUUGGGCAAAGUUUUUACAAUUGGGAAGCUUUCAGAAGGGCCUUCCUCUCAACUAGGAUACUAACAGAGGUAAGAGUUUUCUUAAGUAUUUUGCAGUAUUUUGCAGAACUAAGGAUGUAUCCUCAAGAAAAUAUUUAUGGAAAUAAUUUACUUUUUUUUUUUACAAUGCUUUUGUCUGUAUAAAGUAUGCAACAGAACUACAUUAAGAAGGAAAUAUUGUCUACAUAAAAUAUUAUAUGAAAGUUGGUACAUAAUUCUGACAAAAAACCUUGCAAUUCUUUAAGCCAUAUUGUUUUUGUUAUCCUUGGAUGAAAAUAUCAGUAUUAAGUAACCAGUGUAUUAUUCAAGUGCUUAGACUUAUAUGAAAUGCUUAUACGGUUUAUUUAUGUGUAUUUGGGGAAGGAGUGCUAGAAAAGCUAUCACUAGACAUGUAGCAAGUGAGGAGCAAAUAACAGUAUUCUGUCACUUUAUGGCCUGUGGGACACAGAGGGCGUUGGAAGCGCCGGGAGCUCGGCUCUCAGAAACUCCAGGCACAAGUGGGGGUUUCCAGUGGUGGCUCUUCCCUUCCCCACCACCAGAGGGGAAGAAAGUUGGUUGGGACGCUGCUUGACUUGACUUUCACAACUCUUUGCAGACUGUGAGCUCAGCUAUGCAGUAUCAUCUACAGCAAUAAUAUCAAUCAAAGGAUGUAAAAGGAUUGAAGUAGGUUAUUGUAGGGGUUUACGUUUAUUUUAAUUAGGACUCAUAGCAAUAUAGAAUAUGCAUGUGCACGUAUUCGAAGCAUUUUACACUUUACAUUUCAUGUAGUUUGAUUAUAUUAUGAAGGAUUGAGUUUUUAGUUUGAUAUUUUACCAUGCUAAAAUGGGAGAUCUGCCCAGCCCUAUACUGGAUUCUUGUUUCCUUUAAAAGGUUAUUUAGUACAGCACUCACUGCAUUGUGUAAUAGUGCUAAAACUAACACUAUUUUAUGAAUUUCUUCAGCUUUAAAAAAUUUAGCCUAAUGAUUAUUACAUUUGUUUAGCUGUACCCACUGACCUUGUGAGAUUCAGUUGGCAAAUUGUAUAAUUUCUUUUUCUGUAACUGUUAAUAAACUUGUACAGCUAGAACAAACAAAACCUAUGGACAAAGGCCUCAGAGGUUCCAGUUCUGUUUCAGCAAUCAUGAUGACAGCUUGCUCAUCUGGUGACUGUGUUGUUAACAAGACUGUAAAACCUCUGUUGUGGAUUGUCCAUAAAAUGGCAUUCCGACAUGUGCCUUAUUUGCUGGAUAGUAUACAGCUUUCCUCUAGUAUUCUAGCAUUUUAAUGCUGUAUUAAAAUAUUGCAAAAAACCCA